AGCCCCCACAUUGGGGGCGGACGAUGGUGAUGGAGCUGGGGGCGGCCGGCCACUGGUGCAGCGGCGGAGCACCCUCCUCUUCACGGUGGUGCUGCUAUUUGUUCAUCUUCUACCCCUCUCUCAAGCCUCCAUUAAAUACAUGAAAAAAGCUUCAGGAAAUCAUGGUAAAAAGUGCAUUGGGACGCGAUAACAGAAGCCUUGACGUGGAACCAAACAUACACUAAGCUACUUUUAUGAUCAAAUCAAUUCCAAAACAGCGGCAUAAUCCAAGUAAACACCAUAUACAUUCAACAAGAACAUUUCUUACAAGCAAGAACAUGAUCGGUGGCAUGGGAUGAAGAGAGUUUAAGGCUUACCGACGGAGCGGGGAUUUGCUCCGGUUAGUAUUGAAAAUUGUCGAUAAGUUCACCAACGAGAAACGCGGAAAACUUCAAAGUAAGCUUUUUUUCACUCCAAUUAAUUUCCAAUGAUGACAAUGAUUGAAUAUAGAUGAAUAAUCUUGAAUAUUACUUGUUAAAACUUUGAUGAUGAAUGUAGAUUAGAACUUUGAAGUAAAAUGAUGAAUAUAUGUUGAUGAAUGUGGUAAACCUUUAAGCCAUGAAACUUGAUGAAAUCUUGGAUGAUGAUGAUGAUUGAAUAAUUGUUAGAUGUAGAAUAUAACAUUUGCACUUGAAUAUGAAUAACAUUGAGAUGAUAACACUUGAAUUUUGUUGAUUCUUGAAUGAUGAAUACUUGUGGAAUUGUUGUAUUUUGUUGAAUUUUGGAUGGAGGUUUAGUUUCACCAAUCUAGAAUUUCCAUUUUUGAAAUUCUAGAUGGUGAUGGUGAUGAACUUUAGUGAUGGUUAGGGAUGAAGAAAGUAAUGGAAACUUGAGAGAGAGUGGAGAAAAAUGAAAGUACGAAAAUGGUUAAAAUGCUUAGGUCCCCAAAAUUAUGGAAAUGAAGGAUUUUUAUAGUUUUUGUGGGUGGUUGUGAACCUUUAGAUUGUGAUCCAAGUUAGAAGUUUAUCAAUGGUCGAAAAGCAAUUAGAGGCUUAGUUGUGGAUCAUUAACCGUAGCCGUUGGAUGAAAAGUUAUCAAUGGUGGAGGUAUAGUAGAAAAUUGGUUUGAUUUUGUGUUAGUUUGAAAACUUUAAGGAAGUUGAAGUUAGUUAAGGGUAAAUAUGUAAAUGCAUGAGUUUGAGAAUAAAUAGGUAGUUGAAGGAAGUUAGAGGGAAGACAUGUUGAGGUUUAGCAUAAAUACCAAGUCUCAAUGUAAGACUAAUGGUCACUUGAACUAAACUUGAAUUUUGCUUUGUAUUUCCUUUUGAAUUUACCUUUGAAUUGACCACUUUUACUUGAAUUUUGGUGAAUUAAGCCAUUCCUUUGGAAGUUCUUUUUCGAGAAGUGAUUUUGCUGGAAAUAAGUGCUUUUGUUGGUGGUCAAAUUCUGACUUUUUACUUGAGAAGUACAUAAACCCCCUAAGCGUGAGGCCUGGUAAGGGCGAUAUGCUUAAGUUUAUCGGUUGGCAGAUUAUCCGAGAUAUGCAUCCCGAACGUACAUAAGUCCUAAAGUAGUUUAUCGGUUGCUUUAUUUUACUGUAUAUCCGAGAUCUUAUUUGUUUUGAUACUAAACAAUGAUAGUUUGUAUCCGUGUUAUUUUGUGUUUAUUAUAUUCUUCCUAAAGUAUUUCCUACUAAAUUAAGUUGAUAAAAUGGACAGUUAUAUUUUAUUUUUUAUGUUGAGAAUCACAACAAUCUGUUUCUCUACAUAUUUCAAUUUAUUUAUAUUUUUCAAACAAUUUUAAAUGGAAAAAAUGCAAUAUAAUACAUAUAUCAUUUUCUUAUAUAUCAAUAGCACACUCGAAAUUUAACUCACUAAUCAAUUUUUAUUUUUAUUAUAAGAAGUAUUUUGAAAGAUAUGGAUUUAAAACUUAUUUUAAAUUAAAAUUUUUAACAACACAAGAAUCACUCCAAAUAAAUAAUAUUUAGUUAGCUGAGUAUAUUUCCUAUAACUUACCACCACUUCUCAAAAGACAAGAUCUUGUAUUGAGUUUCUAUUUGGGGUCACAAAUUCAAAUUCCAAUAAAUACAAAAAUAUAUUAUUUCAAAUAUUAUUCAUUUUAACAUUAAAAUAAUAAAAUUUAAAAUUCAAUAGUGAUAUAUGAUUUAUAUGAAACAAAUUUACUUAUUAUUAUACAUGGAUGAAAUGUAUAAUAAUAAGUAAACAGCACAUGUGAGUUGUGAGCAGAAACUUAGUACUCCUAUGUAUUUUUAAUACAUUACUUAAUACUCCACUAGUCUCGUUUCCCUCGAAGAAUCUGUUUUUUUUGUUCAGUACGUAGUUGUUUAAGGAGACCAAUAAUACUCCACUAUUAUUUUAUUUCUAUUUGAGGGAACAGUUCAAUGAAUUAUAUUUCCAUGACAGUGAAUUAUUAAGAUAAUUAUUAAUUUAUUUUUGUUGACAGACACUGUAGCUUUUUCUUCUAUACAUUGCAACUUGCAUCAAGUUACAAGUCUUGUUAACUUGCAUUUCCUUCUACUUUGCAUUGCAUUUUCUUUCCGCUUCAAUUUUUCAAACUGUUCUUACUCUCUUGAACUAAGUUAUGGCGACUAUUGUUGGAGGAGCACUUCUUUCAGCUUCCAUGGAGAUGUUGGUGACAAAGGUUGUUUCUGGUGAGUUUCUUGAUUUGUUUCGGAGGACUAAGCUUGACGUUGAGCUGUUGGAAAAGCUGGAGAUAACACUGCUGAGUCUUCAAUCUGUACUUUAUGAUGCUGAGGACAAACAGAUCACUAACCCUGCUGUCAAGAAGUGGCUGGAGAUGUUGCAAGAUGCCGUCUUUCAAGCUGACGAACUGUUCGACGAAUUCAACACUGAAGCUUUAAGGUGCAAAGCUGAAGGUGGUCAGGUUCUUAAUAAGUUUUUGUCUUAUUUUAAGAGGUUUAAUAAAAAGAUCAAUUCUAAACUACAAAAAUUAUUUGGAAGAUUAGAACAUUUGAGAAACCAAAAUCUUGGAUUGAAAGAAGGUGUUUCCAGCUGUGUUAGGAAUAUAACUCCUACAAGUCCUUUUUUAGGAGAUGAAUAUGCUAUUUAUGGUAGAGAUGAUGAUAGAAAGAAUCUCAAAGAGUUUUUGCUUUCAGAGGAUGGUUGUGAUAGUGGAAAUAAAAUAGGAGUGAUUUCCAUUGUGGGUAUGGGAGGGUUAGGAAAAACAACACUAGCUAAACUCCUUUACCAUGACCGUGAUGUGAAGGAGAAGUUUGAAGUCAGAGGGUGGGCACAUAUUCCAAAAGAUUUUGAUGUUGUCACCAUCACUAAAACCAUUCUUAAAUCUGUCAUUUCAGAAACAAUUACAGACACUGACUUAGUUAAACUCGAAGUUCAAUUGCAGCAAAGUUUAAGUAACAAAAAGUUUUUGUUAGUACUGGAUGAUAUAUGGUAUGGAAACUAUGUUGGUUGGAAUAGUCUAAGUGAUAUCUUUAAUGUUGGACAAAUAGGAAGUAAGAUCAUCAUCACAACUCGAGAUGUAAGAGUCGCACUACCCAAGCAAAAAUCUCUCUAUGUCCACCAUUUAAGAUCUUUAGAAACUGAAGAUUCUUGGUCUUUAUUAGCCAGACAUGCAUUUGUAGAGACAAACUACCAACAACAUCCCAGUUUAGAAAUAACUGGUAGAGAAAUUUCCAAAAAAUGUGGUGGCUUACCAUUAGCUGCCGUAGCAUUGGGGGGUAUUCUUCGCACCAAUUUGUCACAAGAUCAUUGGAAUGAUGUAUUAAAAAAUAGUAUUUGGGAACAUACAAAUGAUGAGGUGCAGCCAGCUCUGCUAUUGAGUUAUCGGUUUCUUCCAACUUCUUUAAAAGGAUGCUUUGCUUAUUGUUCAAUUUUUCCAAAGAACUCAAUCUUAGUGAAAAAGAUGGUGGUUCAGUUGUGGAUUGCAGAAGGCUUAGUACCUCGUCCUGAAAUUGAGAAUAGUUGGGAAAAAGUAGCAGAAAAAUACUUUGAUGAACUAGUGUCAAGGUCUCUGAUACGUCAACGGUUCCUUGCUCACGAGGAAAACAACUUUGAAAUGCAUGAUCUAAUCAAUGAUUUAGCUAUGGCAGUUUCAUUUCCGUAUUGUAUUAGGUUAGACAAACAUAAGCCAGAUGAAAGGGUGCGACACUUGUCAUACGACACAAUAGAAUAUAACUCAUACAAUAAAUUUGAAAAAUUGCAUGGACUAAAUGGUCUACGAACCAUUUUACCGAUGCGGUUCCAAGCUUCACGGGUGUAUGUCAAUUUCGAGUCGUGGAAGUUAUUUUUUGACUUGUUGUCAAAAAUGACACACUUACACGUGUUGUCUCUUUCAUACUAUGAAAAUAUCAUAGAGUUACCGAACUCUAUUGGAAAUUUAAUUUACUUGCGAUACUUGAAUCUCUCCGGCACUCAAAUUAAAAGGUUGCCUUCAGAAACAUGCAAGCUUUACAAUUUGCAGACGUUGUUGUUGUCAUAUUGCUAUAAACUCAUUGAAUUGCCAAAAGACAUGGGGAAAUUGGUGAAACUACGCCACCUUGACAUCAGAAACACUGGUCUGAAGAAAAUGCCGACACAAAUAUCCAAAUUAGAAAAUCUACAAACAUUGUCGGACUUUAUUAUGAGCAGCGUUAAGGAUGUUGGAUUGAAGAUUGAAGAUCUUGGAAAAUUUUCCCAUCUACGAGGAAGCCUUUCCAUCUCACAUCUUGAAAAUGUAAUUGACUCAUCUCAAGCUUCUCAAGCAAACUUGGAGAUGAAAAACGAAAUUGACGAGUUGGAACUAGGAUGGUCUUACACUGCUCCUUCAAACUCACAAAUACAAGUACUCGAACGGCUGCGUCCGUCGACAAAUUUGAAGAGUUUGACCAUCUCUGGAUUUGGUGGAGACAAAUUAUCAAAUUGGAUGGGAGAUCCUUUAUUUGUAAACAUGGUGUGUUUGAAGAUCACAGGGUGUAAAAAAACUUCAGUGCUGCCAUCCCUCGGGCAACUAGGUAAUCUAAAAGAAAUAUUUUUUAGUGAGAUGGAAUCUGUAAAGAGUGUUGGUACCGUGUUCUAUGGAAGUGGUUCUUCUUCAUUUCAACCAUUUACCUCUUUAGAAACUCUAAGUUUUGAAGAUAUGCCAGAGUGGGAGGAAUGGAAGUUAAUUGGAGGUACAUCUAUAGAGUUUCCUAGUCUUAUACGUUUGUUUCUAAACCGCUGUCCGAAACUGAAAGAAAACAUACCUGGCAACCUUCCUAAGCUCGAAAGAUUGUCACUUGAAAAUUGUCCCAAACUUGAAGGGAUGCCACCCAACAAUCUUCCUUCUCUUGCAGUCCUGAGGUUAGAGGAUUGUCCCUUAUUGGUGGGGUCAAGACAUUCUAUUACAAACCCACCAUCUGACGUAUUCAGCCAAUUGGUGAUUUGUCUCAAUUCUCUUCAAAAGUUGACCUUAGACAAUAUUCCAUCUCUAACAUCCUUUCCGAUAGACGGUCUUCCCAAAACCUUACGAUCUCUCUCUAUCUUUUUCUGUAAGAAUCUAGAGUUCUUUUCUCAUGAAUCUUUUCAUAAUUACUCAUCACUCAAGGAUUUGGAUAUAUCCUGUAGUUGUAAUUCAAUGACAUCAUUUACCUUGGGCUCUCUCUCUGUCCUAAAAAAUCUACGUAUUUACAAUUGUAAACAUUUAAAAUCCAUAUCAAUAGCAGAAGAUGCAUCGGAACCAAAUCUAGUGUUUCUUAGAAGCAUCGAAAUAGGGCAAUGUGAUGAACUGGAGUCAGUUUCUCUAAGUGGAUUGCCAUAUCCUAAACUCACUGAUUUAAGUUUAUGGAACUGUGAGAAUUUACGUUUUCUACCUGAAUCAAUAAAGACUCUAACUAGCCUUCAAAAAAUGGAAAUUCACGACCUUCCAAAUCUGCAGCAAUCGUUUUCCAUAGAUGAUUUGCCUAACAAUUUACGGGAACUGACGGUUGGCAGAGUUGGAGGGAUUUUGUGGAAUACAACUUGGGAACAUCUCACUUCUCUCCCGGACUUGUAUCUUUUGGGUGAUGAUAUUGUGAAGGGGCUGAUGAGAACGCAAGUUCCGUUUCUACCCACUAAUCUUGUUUCCUUACAGAUUUCUGAGCUUAAAGAUAUAGAAUGCUUGGAUGGGAAGUGGCUUCAAAAUCUCACCUCUCUCCAUAAACUUGAGAUUGGUGAAGCCCCCAAGCUCAAGUCAUUGCCAGAAAAGGGGGAAUUGCCUUCCUCUCUUAAAGAACUGUAUAUAGAUCAUUGUUCGUUAUUGGAAGCAAAUUUGCAGAGGAAGAAAGGGAAAGAGUGGAGUAAGAUUUCUCACAUUCCCAAAAUAUAUGUAAAUCAGCAAAUCAUAAAAUGAGGUAUUACAUAAAGGUUUUCAUUCCAUUUGGGGUUCAAAUUGAAAUGAAAUGCUUCCUGUUCUCACAUCAAAAUCCCUUUGAUUCUUCAUUAUAUUGAGAGUUCCAAACAGACAAGUCACAUUCUCAAAGAGGUUAUCAUAAAUGGGUUGCUCAACAAGUCUAAAAUUGUUGAUUCUGAGAUGGAGGAGAUUCUAAGAGAAGAAACAGCAAAGCAAGAGACAACAAUUCAGUCUGUCGUUUCUAUUCAUUUUAAAGGCAAAUUAUGUUCCUCAACAUUGCUGUGCAUGGCUUGGGAUUGCUAGCAUGUUUCCGGAAGAGGUGAAUCAUGGCCCAGCUGCAGUUUCUAUGGAUCAUUUCUUAUUUUUACACCCAUCUCUAAUCUUAAAUAGAUAUAAUGCUUUGAUGGAAAAUGACUUCAACACAUUGUUUGAAGAGGGGAAGAAAGUGUGCAGAAGAAACGAGGAAAAGAGUAUUGUAAGAUUGCUCACAUUCCUAGCAUGCUUAUAGAUUAUGAAUUGAUCUUAUUCACAUUCCUUGCAUCAUGUUCCGAUCGGUGGCUGAAAUUCAGAAUUCAAACCGCAGACAAGUCAUAUUUCUAAGAUGGUGAAGAUUCUAAGAGAGCAAGUUGUAAACUAGAUAGAAAACAAGUACAACUGUCGGGCACAGUGAUGGAGAAAUCUAGAGGAAUUGCAAAAUUACUCAUGGAUCAACUGGACCUCGCAAACCAAGAGUAUAACCGAUGAAGCAUUUAACGAAAUGAUGCACUCUGCAAGACUUCAUGGUUGGCUUCCUGAACAUUGUUGUGCAUGGCUUGGGAUUGCUAGUAUUUUUUCGGAAGAGGUGAAAAAUCAUGCCCCGACUGCAGUUUCUAUGGCUCAGUUCUCAUUUUUACACACCUCUAAUCUUAAAGAGAUAUAAGGCUUCGAUGGAAAGUAACUUCAACACGUAGUCAGAAGAGGGAAAGCAAGUUUGCGGAAGAAACGAGGAAAAGAGUAAUAUUGGGGGCUGAAAUUCAGAAUUCCAACUGCAGAUAAAGUCAGAAUUCUAAGAUGGUGAAGAUUCUAAGAGAAAAAUUACAAGCUAGCUAGAAAACAAGUGUAUGUGUUUUCUCAAUCUGUGAGAUUACAAAAUUUGUUAGUUGAUACUUUCCUUUUUAUUUAUUGUAGGCAACUGUUGGGCACACUCAUGGAGAAAUCUAGAGGAAUUGCAAAAUUACUCAUGGAUCAACUGGAUCUCACAAACCAAGAGGAUAACCGACAAAGCAUUUAACGAAAUGAUGCAGUCUGCAAGACUUCAUGGUUAUUCUGAAAAGGCCUUUGUUAAAAGUAUGUUUGAUUUUGGAUUGUUUUGCAUUGGGAAGGAGUUUGUUAAAGCUGCCACCGAUACUAUUUUGAUAACAUUAUGGCACCUCAAAAAUCUGUCCAAUGAUAUUCCCUUCAAAUCUGAAUGGUCGAUAUCCGGAAAUUUCCAUACGUCUGCAGAGAGAUCCUCCACAUCAGUCAAGACACAUUCAUCCUAUAUUUGAGGCAUUCAAAAAUGGAGUAUCCCCGCCACCUUCAAGGAAAAGAAGAGAGCCAUCUUGGAAAGACUAAGAGUUUAGUUGAUCAUAGCAACAACUUUGCCUAGUUUUGUCAUAGGCACUGCAACACCUUUUUAUUGAAAAUUAGAAGAGUUGGCAAAUGCGAUCAUAAGGAGAAAAUUAGAGAGCGUGGCUAAGGAAAGGAUCUACGAUGUGUUCUUGAGUUUCAGAGGGGAAGACUGUCGUGCAAAAUUCAUUUCACAUCUCUAUACCUCCCUUGAAAAUGCCGGGAUUUAUGUUUUCAAAGACGAUGAUGGGAUUCGACGAGGAGAUCAGAUCUCAGUCUCACUUUUGGAAGCAAUUGGACAGUCUAGAAUCUGUAUCGUUGUUUUGUCAAGUAACUAUGCUAAUUCAAGAUGGUGUAUGCUAGAGUUGGAGAACAUCAUGGAAAUUGGCAGAAGCAAGAGUCUGGUGGUUAUACCAGUGUUCUAUGAGGUAGAUCCCUCAGAAGAGAGCCAUCAUGGAAAGACUCAAGAGUUUGGUUGAUCAUAGCAACAACUUUGCCUAGUUUUGUUGGAGACAUUGCACCACCUUUUUAUUGAUUUUUGUUUUCUGUAACAUGUAAAACAUAAAUAUGAUUAAUAAAACGGAACUACAGCUGCUCUGUAGUCGGAGACGUAGGCACAACUGGCCGAACUUCGUUAUCAAAUAUCGUGUGUUCUCUUUAUGUAUUUUUGUCGUAUUUGUUUAGUUUUGAAUUGGAAUUGUCGUUCUAACAAUUUAAAAUACAUUGAAUUUUGAA